UACAGAUUCGCAGAUGUUUGUGAUUCUCUGAAGAUUAAACAGUAAUGGGAACUGUUCUCGACUCCCAUUUCUUCGCCCUCACUGCUGUCAUCACUGUGGGUUAUCAAUUUUUGUUCUUCAUAAUUACAGCUCUUCUUAAGUUCGACAAAGUUACUGACUUCGCUGGGAGCACCAACUAUAUUAUACUUGCCAUAUUGACUUUAGUUUUGAAAGGCACUUGGCAUUUUAGACAGAUAGUCUUGACUUUGCUCGUAGUAAUAUGGGGUCUUCGUCUAGCACUAUUUCUAUUAAUGAGAAUCCUGCAGUGGGGGGAAGAUCGUCGUUUUGAUGAAAUGCGCUCUAAAUUGGGGAAAUUGGCAGUUUUCUGGACAUUCCAGGCUGUCUGGGUUUGGACUGUAAGCUUACCCGUAACAGUUGUCAAUGCGAGUGAUAGAAACCCUUCUAUUCAAGCUCGAGAUAUCAUUGGGUGGAUUAUGUGGUCUGUAGGUUUCACAGUUGAAGCUACAGCAGAUCAGCAAAAGCUUGUAUUCAAGCAGUCUCCAAACAAUAGAGGGAAGUGGUGCAAUGUUGGGCUUUGGAAAUUCUCUCGUCAUCCAAACUAUUUUGGUGAGAUUUUACUCUGGUGGGGUAUCUUUGUGGCUUCUGCACCAGUAUUAGAAGGUGCUGAAUGGCUUGUGAUCCUAGGACCUAUCUUUCUCACUCUGUUGCUUCUUUUUGUCAGUGGCAUACCAUUACUAGAGGAGUCAGCAGAUAAGAAGUUCGGUAAUGUGGCUGAGUACAAGAUUUAUAAAAGAACAACUAGCCCCCUCAUUCUGCUGCCCUCAGUUGUUUAUGGGAACUUGCCUGCAUGGUUCAAAGCAGCUUUCCUUUUUGAGUUACCUCUCUACAGUCGAAAUCUUCCUCAAGAUGAAAUAUCCAACUUGCAUUCAAAUCUUUGCGAGGUAUAGAAAAAGUCAGAGAGAAGGCAGCAAGGGACCAAAGAUGGGUUAAUCACUUGGAUGAUCUAUAAUGACUCGUUAAUCACUUGAUGUCCGUGGAUUCUACAAUUGUUUCACUCAGCUGCACAUCUGUUCUUUUUUGCCUUCUGCACCAAGUGCACAUAAUCAAGCUCUUGCUUAGCACAUGAUAACUGUAGAACUGCGACUUAGAUGUUCUUCUGUAUGUAUAUUUGUGGAUGGAUGAGUUUUCAUUCUGCUAUAGAAAACAGCAUUGGGGUUUAUUCAGAUUUAUGUUAUCUUGGAUUCAGAACUGUUCUCCCAACUUCAUGUUUUAUGAUUAAUGCUCCAGUUAAUCUGUUUUU